UCAGCCAGACUGACAUCAUCAUGGCGGAAGCACAGUCAAACUGUACACUCUUUAGAAACCAUAAUAAAAGCAGCAGCAAAGGAAAAGCCUACUAUUGUUAGUUCGCCAUGUAAAAGAGUUCAUCUAGCGACUUCAGUUUCAAAGCUGCCGAUGUGUCUAAGCGGUGACUGAUUUAGAGCAGAGAGGCUGAAGUCCAGCUCAAGUGUUGACAGAGAGACUUCAGUCAGUCAUUGUAUUAUUAAUAGACACCUAUAGACUCCAGACGGAAGGAUAUGAACAGUUUACUUUACGUAUUUUUGAUCUUAAGAGGGUGCAGCGCUAUUAAGGAAGUUCCUGGCCAUAUUUAAGUUCAUUUACAAGGUAAAACCGCUUUAUGUCAUCUGAAAUGUGACGUUUUAAACGGGAAAAGUACGUUACGUUAAUUUUAGUAGAGUAAAGGUCAUCUCUGGUUCAAGAGGACCUGAAACACCCAGGCUGAUUAUUCGUAUAGAAAACACUCGUGUAAAACAUUACCAGUAUUGUCAGCCUCUAAAAUGCCAUAAAUUAGUGUUUUGUACAGCAUCAGCGCGCGCUGCACGGUGACAAUAGGGUUUAGCGGACAAAGUUGGCGGUUAAAAGUGCUGACGUGUCCUUUGGCGUGCGGUCAGUGCCGAAGCUGGAGGGACACGCCUCAAGCAUCUUUAACCGGGAGUCAGCAGCAGUCAACGCCACGUCAAAAUGUCAAGAGCCAGCCGAAGGUCCAAAGCUUUGCACGCCAAUAACGGGCACGCGCUGGCCGGUUGGGAUCCGCUGAGAGUGGCGCGCGUGCGCGUGCUGUUGCUGUGUCUCUGCGGCGCGCUGUCGCUGGCCAUGAUUCUGGCGCUGUAUUUGUCUGCAGAGCCCAGCAACACAAUACAGCAUCAUGCUGCACAUCUCAUCAGGGACAGGCUUUCCCAUAAGCCAAGUAAACACUCUGUGGCACAAGUGAAGAAGUUUGCAGCACAGGUGGAUGGGCAUCGGCUCUGGGAGACUCACCUGCGGCCCCUCCUAAUUGAACGAGUGCCUGGGACAGCAGGCAGUCAGACCAUACGACAGCAUAUCUUAUCCCAGCUGGGUUCACUGUCGGCAGGAUGGACGCUGGAGGAGAAUUCCUUUGUUUCGUCCACCCCGAAGGGUGAUGUGACCUUUACCAAUGUGCUAGCAGUGCUGGACCCCUCGGCUCCUCGUAGGCUGCUCCUAGCAUGCCACCAUGACUCAAAGAUCUUACCCGCAGACCCUAAAAACCCCAAGCGGGUGUUUGUGGGUGCCAGUGAUUCAGCCAUUCCCUGUGCCAUGAUCUUGGAGCUGGCUGCUGCUCUGGACACACAGCUUAAAGCCCUCAAACACCAGAGGUCUGCGGUGACAUUGCAGUUGGUGUUUUUUGAUGGAGAGGAGGCAUUUGAGGAAUGGACAGACACAGACUCUCUCUACGGCUCUCGUCAUCUGGCUGAACUUAUGGCCCGUACCCCCCACCCUUCUGGAGCCACCAAAACCACUCUACUCCAGGCAGUGGAUCUGUUAGUCCUGCUGGACCUGCUUGGUGGCCCAGAACCAUUGAUUGUCAAUCACUUUGAUAACACAGCAAGAUGGUUUGACCGACUCAUCGCAGCAGAGAAGAGACUCCACAAACAGGGCUUGUUGACAUCUCAUCCAUCAGAACAGAGUUACUUCAGGAAGGAUUUUUAUCUUGGUCCAGUGCAGGACGACCACAUUCCAUUCUUAAACAGAGGUGUACCCGUGCUACACUUGAUCCCCACACCGUUUCCCAUUUUCUGGCACACGCUGGAUGAUGCGGAGGAGAGGAUGCACCGGCCCACGGUGGAAAACCUCACUAGAAUCCUGGCCAUCUUUGUGGCUGAGUACCUGAGCCUCUAAACAUGCUAUAAUGAUCAUCCUACAGCAGAUGUUUACUCACAUGACCAGUGUUCAGCACAGUUGAAUGUGAUUUAAUAAUAAUAAUAAUAGAGCCAUAGAUCAGAAUGACCAAAGAGACACGCAUGCAGUAUAAUGAUGUGUUUAUUUGGAGUGUGAAUGGUACAUACUGAUAAUAUUACUAUAUUUUUCUGCUGAAAAGAGCCAUGUCUCAUAAUAGGACAAACACUCAUGUUACAGCAGCUGUAUAAGCUGUAUAUUGUGGUAAAAGACUUUGUUCUUUUGACUGAGAAUGAAAAACUGGUAAUGAAAUACAUUUAAUGACUGUUUUUAGUUCAUUAAUCAUAAUUUGCACAGUAUGUGCUAUUGAUGAACUACACUUUUGCAUUCAAGCUGUGUUGGGGCCAGUGGCGGUGCACUUUACAAGAAGGUCCAGUACACAAGACAUUGAGAGACACUUGUUUUAAGAAUCUGUGAGUAGAAUGUCAUGUGACCUGAUGGAGAGAUCUUAUUUUUUACAUUCUUUAGUUAAGUUGUUACCAUUAUCAACCAAAAGACCAAGCGAAGGGUCUGAUGGAUAUUCGUAAUAAACUUAAGGAAACACUGGAA